CUGAAAUAUUCAUGUAUCUUCCAGCAUGUGAAAGACCAAAAAUUGCAUUGGUGUGUAAACAAUGGAAAAGAGUCCUUGAUUAUUAUGCUUGGUUUAAUGUCAAAAAAAUUAAACUAACUUAUUGGAGAUAUGAUGAGUAUCAAAAUUUUUUAACGAAAAAUUAUCCAACAACCGAUGGACAAUUUAGUUUUUUAAAAUCGCUUCUUAAUAAAUGUGGUCGUUAUUUAAGAGAAUUAGACCAGUUGUCAAUGAGUCUUGUCCAAAUCUCGUAGAACUUCGAAUAAGAAUUGAAUGUAUGGACGAUGCAAUAUUCGAUAAUGCAUUUACACAUCUUUUGAAACUAAAAGUAUUGAAAAUUAUAUUUCAAUGUUUUAAAACGCCCGAUACACUUAUACCUGUUACUUUAAUCAAUUCAUUGUUAAAUGUUGCUGAUACAUUGACUGAACUGAAUUUGUCAAAUUGGUCUGAAUACAUGGAGGGCUGUACUAAUUUUCCAGAUGAAAUCACUAGUGUGGUUUCUAAACUGAAGGCCUUGAAAAAGUUUCAAUUUGCUGGUAUAGGUAGUCCCAAAAGUUUAAUCGAUUAUUUAGCUUUGACAGAAUCUACAUUAGAAGCCACUAGUGACGAGUGUAAAUAUAGUGAAAAUAAAUUGGAUUCCUUAAAAAAAUAUAGUUCGGUCAAGAGCUUAUAUAUUAUAAAAUCCCGAGUUACUGAUGAUUUUUUAUAUAAUGUUGCCAAUGUCAUGGAGAAAUUAGAAUCACUUCGAAUUUAUGGUCCUUGGAUAACCGAUGCUGGUAUAGUAGCAAUUUCAAAGAUGAAUUAUUUAAGAAAUCUUGAUUGUUUCGGGUUUAAUAACGUCACUGACUCUUCAAUUAAAUUACUCAAAAAUAUGGAAAUUGUGAUGUUACCAUUCAGCAAUAAAAUUACAAAUGAAUCAACCAUAAAAGUUCUUGAAAAUUCACCAGAUUUAGAAUAUUUUAGCGUUAAGAACACAGGUGUAAAUUUUGGAUUGGUCAAAAAAGCAGACAAAAUAUCAAUCAAUCGUAAAAAAAAAUUGGAAAUGGUCGUAUCAGGUCCCGAUGGUAUGUGUGACGUAACCCUAAUUGUAUCUGAAUAUUUAACAGUCGAUUACAAACAAAGAGAUAAACAAUUAACAAAAAUUAGAUAAUCUUCUAUCUAAUACUAGAUUGAUCAAUCUUUUUAACAAUAUAACAAUAAUUAUAAAAAAAUAGCCAUUGAAAAAUAUAAAUAAAUAAUAAUCUAGCAAAUAAUAAUUUUUAUUAGUAUAUUUCUACGUAACUUUAUGUUCAAUCAAUGAUUGAAAUUGUUGUUUUAUUAUUCGUUGAUUUUUUAAUAUAAAAACUGUGAAUAUAAAUAAAUAAUAAAAAAAAAAUUUACGUUUGAUAUAAAUAUGCUUGAUGAAUAAGAGAAGAUUUAUAAUUUCAUUAAAUGUGAAAAUUAAAAUAAAUAAACAUAGUUCAAUUUAAACAGUAAAAUUGUCAUGAAAGUCUUCAUUACUGUAUUUUUAAAAGAAAAUUAAUGUCAAUAAUUUAUUGUUCAUAAAAUGUAACAUACCUUUUGAUCAACAUUAAAAUGAUUUAAUUAUUUAUUAAAAAGUAAUUGUUAUUUAAAAAUUAUAAAAAAAGAGAGAAAGAGUAUAAAUUUUCGAAAUGAAUAUUUCGAAUGAAUAUAAGUAAUUUGAAAAAGUUAGAUCAAAUAGUAUUGACAGAGGGGAAAAAAAAAAAAAAAUGUAUUGUCA